CAUUACUUCUCCUGUGCAGGAUCAGGAGCGGAAGAUCAGAGGAUACCUUCUUGAUCUUUCGACCAGAAAACACCGAAUAAUUUGAUCUUCCAUCAGACUUCAAAGAGAGGAAAAAUAUGAAGAGAGUCACCAUGAUGCUGAGCCUACUUGUGCUAGGGUUACAUCUGUCUUUUGUCCAUGCACAUCCCCAGUGCCUUGAUUUCUACCCACCAUUUGAGCUUCCAUCAGACAGUCAGCCAUUUUGUGAUGGUUACAAGGACUUUGGUUGUUGUACAUUGACUCAGAAUGAAGCCAUCCGAGAAAGGUACCAGACGCUGAAGAGAAACCUGCCAGAAAGUGCCGCACAUGAAUGCAGAAACUUCCUGAAGGAUAUCUUGUGCCAGGAAUGUUCACCCUACGCAGCUCAUUUAUUUGAUGCAGAGACUACACAUCGUAAGACCCCUCUGCCAGGUCUGUGUGGAGGAUACUGCUCUUCUCUCUACAACACGUGUCCAGAACUUAUUCCCUUAGUGACGGAUGAUGCAGCAAUUAUUGAUGCACACAAUACAAAUGAGAGCGCAUUCUGUGCUGCAGUGGAGAUAGGUGAUAUGGACUACUGCUACCCAAACAUCCUUCAGGAUACGUUCCUUGAUGACUUGGCUUGGGAUGCACGAAGUGGUGGAGGGGAUGGCUGCCUGUGCUUCGAGGAAUUUGCCAAUGGCUUACGUAACCCUGUUCUUGCUGUCCAUGCCAACGACAGCACCCACCGUCUUUUCAUAGCAGAACAAGUAGGAAUUGUUCAUGUGUACCUCAGGAAUGGGACACGACUCAACGAUCCCUUCCUUGACAUCCAAGACACCGUCAAGACAUCAAGUCGAAGGGGAGAUGAAAGGGGCUUCCUUGGACUGGCCUUUCAUCCAAACUUUGUCCACAACAGCAGAUUGUUUGUGUAUUACAGCACUUUAUCUUCCUCAGAGUCAGAAAUAAUCAGGAUUAGUGAAUUUCAAACCAUGUCUAAUGACUCCAAUCGGGUAAACAUGACAACCGAGAGCGUUAUCCUUAACGUUGAACAACCUGCUGGUAAUCAUAAUGGUGGUCAGAUGCUGUUUGAUGAUCAGGGUUACUUCUACGCUUUCCUUGGUGAUGGUGGUCGAGGUGGAGAUCCCUUUGGGCAAUAUGGAAAUGCUCAAAAUUUGGCUGAGCUGCUAGGAUCUGUAAUCAGAAUUGAUGUAGAUCAGCAACAAGAAGGACUUGCCUAUGCCAUACCACCCGGCAACCCAUAUGUCUCGUACAACAACAGUGAGAGACGUCACGAGAUCUAUGCCUAUGGCACCCGGAAUAUGUGGCGUUGCUCUAUCGACCAGGGCGAUAGACAGACAGGGGAGGGAAGAGGACGCAUUUUCUGUGGGGAUGUUGGCCAGCAUAGCUAUGAAGAGAUUGAUAUCAUCGAGAAGGGAGGCAACUAUGGAUGGCGGGGAAAAGAAGGGUUUUCCUGCUAUGAUAAUACAAUGUGCAAUGAUUUCCUUGAGAAUGAAGUACUGCCCAUCCAUGCAUACCCUCAUACCAUUGGCAAAUCUGUGAUUGGUGGAUAUGUGUACAGAGGGUGUCAGUACCCAAACCUUAAUGGAAAAUACAUCUUUGGAGAUUAUGUAUCGGGGCGAUUGUUUGAAUUGAAUGAGAACACAGCUACCCAAGAAUGGAAUAGCAGAGAGUUCUGCCUGGGGGACAACACUGUUUGCACUGGGUCUAUGCUGGGAUCCUUCCCCAAGAAUAUCCUUUCGUUUGGAGAGGAUGAAGCAGGUGAGAUGUAUCUUCUCUCAACUAGUGAAGCAAAGACCACUGUUCCUCAAGGGAAAGUAUUCAAAAUCGUUGAUCCUCGAAAGAGAGGAAAUCCUGAGGAAUGUCUCAAGGAUAUCAGAGACGUUGAUGUUCAUGGUCCCACCACACCCUUUGAACCAUCACCCUCAGAAACCUUCAGGUGCCCUAAGAAAUGCAAAGGAGAGUACUCUGAAGUGGACAAUACCACAUACUGCGAUGCAAAGUUUGUGAUAACAGGUACAGUCCGGAAGGCGCAGCGCUUUAACAAUGAACUGCGCCUCACUGUUAAUGUUGAUGAACUCCACAAGAAGGCAUACGACCUCCCUGCCAUACAUGCAGGACGAAGGAUCUCCAUCUCGCAAUACUCACGAUCUGGUAGCUGCAGAUGUCCAAACCUGGAGGUGGGACAGACCUAUUUCAUCCUUGGCGACUUCAAGUCGUCUUGGCAGAAGUUAAUCCUGAAAGAGUCUUCCAUUGUUAAACGCUAUCAUUGGCACCACUCCUUCAUGAUCCCGCGACUGAAUAAGGAAUGCAGGGCUCUUACUAUGGAACUUUUUGCCAAGCAAUUCAGUUAGAGAUAGUUCUUUUAAAAAUUAUAUACAGAUGUUGAAAGAUCUGUCAAAAAAUUAUGAGAAGUGAGAUUCAUAUUUGCAGGUGAAGACAAUGUCAUCGAUUUCUAUGAAAUUACACAUCUUGUACAAAAUCAAUGAUUUUGUGUUAUUCAUAAUACAAAGGUAAGAAGAGGAUAUUGAAAAUCAUAAAUAAUUUUGGCUGUUUUUCAAUAUGAAAUAUUUUAUUUUCCAUAAAAUUUCAGGGAUGUUGUUCUUUAGAUUUUUUCAGUGAACUAUUACAACACUUAUAGAUAAAUUGUAACUUCAAAGGUACUAUUAAGAAACUUGUGCACAUAAAGUCUACCUCCAAAUAGAAAAGAAAAGAUGAUGAAAUUCUUAAGCAGUGUGAUCAUUACUAUUACAGAUAGAUGCCCAUUGAUAUUCUCUCUUUUCUAAGUGUAUUUACAAAAUCUUCUUUGAUGAAAACUGCCACAGUUAUCUUCUUGGUGGAUGUACAGUCUACAGACUCGGAGCUAGGUUAAUUAUAAUUCAUGGUUACAUCAAAAGUUAGAUUGUACCUUGGAAAAACUUUUUAGUGCAUUACUCUGCUCUUAAAAUUGAGGAAAAAAUAUUCAACUUUAUUCCUACUGUUACAAAUUUCAUUUUAUUGACGCACAGGGGGGGGGGGGGGGGGGGGGUCUGAUUGGUACUAGUGAGCAAAUAAAAGAUUCGGGACUCAGGGUAAACUUGAUUAGUAUUUUUCAAAAAAUUGUGUUAUUACCUCAGACGUGUGACAGAAUGAUUCGUCAACCAUAAAAACUCAUCAUUUUGCGAUAUAUGGGGCCCUGUCCAGGAGUUGAACCCAGGAACAUGCCUAUUUUUUCAACCACAAAAACUUAUCAUUUUAUGAUAGUACUUGUAUAUCACAUAAAUCGCACAAAUCAGUUUAAUUCUAUUUUCCUUUGAAGCAUAUUUGUUGUUUUAUGGGUACGCAUUCUAUUUUUUUUCCACACCUUUUUAGGGUUAGUCACUGCCUAGUAACUAUCACUGCACCUGAUCUGGAAGAAAUUAGAUUACUGAAAUAGACUUUUAAAUGUAAUUGAAUUAUAUAAAAAUAUGUUAUGUAAAUGAGAAUAGUAUCUGUAACUUAUGACCCAUUAGCUAGAGGAAUCAGGUUUUUUGUACUAAGCAAAUGAAAUUGACACUAUUUAGUAGGCAAUGGGUUAAAGUAAUAAUAAGAUAAAAUGUAGGUCAAAUGAAGUCUCAUGUAGUAGUAUGGAAGAAAUUCUGUCUCGUAUGUGGAGAAAGAUUUCCUAUAUUUUCUUUCAGGAGGUACUUUUGCUUGAUGUGAAGAUCUAGCAAUCCAGAAUGGUAUUGUUUAUAACAGUGAAUGAUUAAUGAUUAAUGAUUAAUUAGUUAAUCAAUUUUUGUAUACCUCUACCGGUAGUUUAAAACAGUACCCACGAAUGGAAAAGUUCUUGUGCUUUCAAUUAUAUUGAAAUAAUUUUAGUACUUUAAAGAUGUUUGUAAUGUAAGAAUAAAGUGUACUUAAGAUUAUUCUCUAUUUUUAUAUCAGACAUGAAAUAAAAUAUAUUUUUUUGAUUUCUUACAUUUUAUAUCCGAAUAUUGACAUUUUAUGUGAAUCUACCAUAUGACCUUUCUGUCUAUUCAAGUUCAUUGCAAGUCAAGUUAUGACGGCAGUAUAUGUUGAAAUUUUAAGACAUUGUACUAAAUCAAGAAUUUUAAAUUGUGCAGCUGUUACGCUGUGAUUUAUAUGGUAGUAUAGCUUUGAUCAUUGAAGGGAUUCACCUGUUUGGUGAUGUAACAUAAAAAUAGCUCUCUAUGGUUCUUUUUCGGUUAGCUUUUGCUUGUCCUGCUGUAAUUAGCUUCUAUUCACUACAAUGAUAUGGUAGAAUGAGAUCGUACAUUGAAGAAGAAAAAAGAGUUACAAAUAAAGAUAAAUUUCUACUGAUUCUGAAGAAAGAACUAAUUUUAAAGGUUAUAAUAGCUGUAAUACCAAAUAAACUGUACAAUAAUAAAACAUUAUUUCAAAUGUUUAAUAGAAAGAUAUUAGAUUUCCUUAAAUGUAUGAAAACUAUAUGGACUAUAAAAGUUCUUCAUGUUAGCUUUGUCAUUAUAUACACCUAACAUUUUAUUAGGAUAUUAAUCAUCCUAGCCUACAUGCACUACCAAAUAUAUAUUUUAAAAUAAAUAUUGUAUUUUUCUGAUAUCCAAUAUGAUUAUGGCAUAUUAAAAAGUAUUGGCAUUAUCUCUAGGAAGUGUCCAAAAUACAAAUGUACUAUUAAAAUUAUAUCUGCAAAUAUGAUGUCCGACUGUUACUAAA